CAGAGAGGGAAGGUCAUCAGUGGAGAGCGACAACGCGCACAGAGAGCAAUAGUGAGUAAAACAAUGAGGGAUGCGCAAUUGACAUGAACGUUCAAUAAAAACCUGCGACUCAUUGGCUUUAGAGAAGAAGUGCAAGAGGACCCCCCAAGGGAAGGAAGCCAAGUUCACCUAUAGCGCAUCUGGAGAAGAUGUCACCAGAGGGACCCUCAUAGCUGGAAAACGACUUUAACUCAGCUCUUACAACCAAUCCUCUCCUCUGACUGAUUGACAGCCGCCUGGUCCAAUCACUACUCACUUCCCCACAUCCCCUCCAAUCACCAACCUCCACCCCACACAUCUAGCGCAAUGGCAUCCUACAGCCCCGCCCCCACACAAGAGCCCGCCAACAACGGCGGGUCGACCUCGCUCAAGUCGGGUGGCUCAGGGGGCGACAACGAUUCCAUGAAGCUGAAGAAGGAGAUCUCUCUCCUGAACGGCGUGUGUCUCAUCGUGGGCAACAUGAUCGGCUCGGGUAUCUUCGUCUCGCCUAAAGGCGUCUUAAUCUACAGCGCCUCCUACGGGCUGUCGCUGGUAGUGUGGACCAUCGGCGGUAUCUUCUCUGUGUUCGGGGCCCUGUGCUACGCCGAGCUGGGGACCACCAUCACCAAGUCAGGGGCCAGUUAUGCUUACAUCCUGGAGGCUUUCGGAGGGUUCCUGGCCUUCAUCAGACUGUGGACUUCCCUGUUGAUCAUAGAGCCCACCAGCCAGGCGGUUAUAGCCAUCACCUUCUCUAACUACAUGGUGCAGCCCGUCUUCCCCACCUGCAUAGCCCCCUAUCUGGCUAACCGCAUGCUGGCUGCAGCCUGUAUAUGUUUGCUGACCUUUGUGAACUGUGCCUAUGUGAAGUGGGGGACGCGUGUCCAGGACUUCUUCACCUACGCUAAGGUCAUCGCCCUCAUCGCUGUCAUCAUCACCGGCCUGGUCAAGAUAGGACAAGGUCAGACGCAAAACUUUGAGGGUAUGUUUGAGGGCUCAUCCACGGAUCCAGGAGACAUAGCUCUGGCCCUGUACUCUGCUCUGUUCUCCUACUCCGGCUGGGACACACUCAACUUCGUCACCGAGGAGAUCAAAAACCCAGAGAGGAACCUGCCCCUGGCCAUCGCCAUCUCCAUGCCCAUCGUCACGGUGAUCUAUAUUCUGACCAACGUUGCCUACUACACCGUGCUGCCCAUUCCUGCCAUCCUGGACAGUGACGCCGUGGCUGUGACGUUUGCAGACCAGGUGUUUGGCGUGAUGAACUGGACCAUCCCUCUAGCGGUGGCUCUGUCCUGCUUCGGAGGACUCAACGCUUCUAUCCUGGCUGCCUCCAGGUGAGUCAGAAGGACACCGUUCUGAUGCUGGUCUUCAUCAUCAUCGCUGUCACUGAAAAUCUCCUCAUUAUUGACCAUAAAAAAACGAUGGGCCCUAUAGCCUUUUAGCUCAUUGCCCUACACGAUAACCUGUGUGUGUGUGUGGUUCCUCCAUUAUCAGUGCUCCAGUGAGGUGUGUUUGUGUGUUUCUACAGGCUGUUCUUCGUGGGCUCCAGGGAGGGCCAUCUCCCAGACUACCUGUGCAUGAUCCACGUCACCCGUUACACCCCUAUCCCCGCGCUGCUCUUCAAUGUCAGUCAUCCCGCUAAGCCACUGUCUUUGUGUGUGUUUGUGUGUGCGCGUGAACGUCUGUCUGGAACAAUGUACAUUUCCAUUUUUUUUACGAGAGGUUUUCCUUGUUCGGUGUUUGGUCUCAGUUCUGUGUCAACGUUCUGUUUCUGCGUCUACCCAACAUUCUGACCCAUUGUUUUGUCUGCCCCAGAAAUCUGUUCUCAGCAUUCUAUUAUUUUAACCCAGUGUUCGGUCUGCCGCAGAGUUCCGUCUGUCUGCAAUCUCAGCAUUCUCUUUGUCCGUUCGUCCACAUAGUGUUCCGCUAUAUCUACACUUUCUAUGAAAUAGAGUUUUUGUGUAGGGCAUGUUGUCCAUUGUGCCCUGUACGAUGGAUAUUGACAUAGUGCUGUUGCUCUAUACUCUAGGGUGCCAUGGCGUUGGUCUACCUGUGUGUUGAGGACAUCUUUAAACUGAUCAACUACUACAGCUUCAGCUACUGGUUCUUUGUGGGCCUGUCUAUCCUGGGACAGCUGUACCUGCGCUGGAAACAGCCAGACAGAGUCAGACCCCUCAAGCUCAGUCUGUUCUUCCCGAUCAUCUUCUGUUUCUGCACCCUGUUCCUAGUGGUGGUUCCCAUCUACAGUGACACCAUGAACUCUCUGAUUGGCAUUGGCAUCGCCCUAUCAGGAGUGCCAGUCUACUUCCUGUGUAUCUAUACUCCCGCCACCAAAAGGCCCAUGUGGCUCCGCAGGUUCUUUGCCAACUUUGGUCUGCUGAUUCAGAAGGUGUGCUAUUCUGUUGUGACCGAGUUAGACGUCAUAGACAAGUUGGAGUGAAGAUAUUAAAACCAACCAACACACUGCUGCCGCUGCUAUCUGAAGACGCACAAAACUAGAGGCUCAACGACACCACCUACUGGCCAGUAUCGGCCUUGGCUACCAAUCAGAGGGCUGAGUCAAACAACAGCCAUUCAUUGGACCAAAUCUCUGGCCAACCAAUCAUUGCCGUAUGUUCAUUGGACUAUGGGGUCGUUCUACGGCCAGGAUGACACUCCAGUUGCCUCUGACAUCAUAGGACAUUCCACACACUACAGAAGAAUUAAAAAUAAAAUAUUCCUGUUCUCAAAUACGGAUAUUUAUGACCUCUGAUGGGCUUCCUGUGUAAACGCAGCCUAAUACUGAUCUUUUUAAAUCGCUAAUUGGUCUGAGUAAUCAGCUCUGAAAAAGAACUGAUGUAGAAAGAUCUGUGAUUGGUCAAAAGACCAAUUAGUGGAGAAAAAAAUAAAUCAGAAAUCAGGCUGCCUGUGAAAACACAGCCGUAGUGGCAUAAGUCACUACUGAUACCUCUGAAGUCAUAUCAAUAAGGAAACAAAAAGAGAUACUGAAGACAUAUGUAGGAAAGUAAUAAUUACUGAGGGUUAGUUUGUUGUAUGUGGUUAGGCGAGAAUAGUGGUAGCUCUAGCCACAAUUAUUUUUGGAAAAUGUGUUAUAUUUGUCCUAUGUAAAUGUCCAUCCCACCUGCAGCUUUUAAGAUUUUUUUUUUAAAUCAACUUAUUAAGAAUAAUCUAUACUCAACAUGUGAAUUUAAACAAAGGGGCGGGGAGGGGGUUGGUUGAGAUGAUAAAUAGUUUAGAAUGUAUUUAUAAUAAAUUACUAAUGGACAUUUUAAA